CUUGUCCGGCCAUUUGAUGCGUGUGGAUUCACCGGCACAAAGAGGAACACGUUUUGACAGUAUGGCAGAGACGAAUAAUGGAGAUCAAGAAGAGUCCUUCAAUGAAGUAAACGAAGAACAGCCUGAUGCUGAUCCGGAAUUUGACUCGGAAAUUUUAAAUGAAAGUGGAGAUGGAGACACAAACGUGGCUGCGCAGGACGAGUCCGGCGUGGAGGAUCCAGAACUUGAAGCAAUCAAAGCCAGGGUUAGGGAGAUGGAAGAAGAAGCGGAGAAGUUAAAAGAGAUGCAAAGUGAAGUUGAGAAACAGAUGAACAUGAGCUCACCAACACUUACCACUCAACAGUCAAUAGAAGAUAAAGUAGAAGCUGAUGCCAGGUCGGUGUAUGUUGGAAAUGUUGACUAUGGAGCUACAGCAGAGGAGUUAGAACAACACUUCCACGGUUGUGGUUCCAUCAAUCGGGUGACCAUUCUCUGUGACAGAUAUACAGGUCAUCCCAAGGGGUUUGCCUAUGUGGAGUUUGCUGACAAAGACUCGGUUACAACCUCGCUAGCUCUGGAUGAAUCACUCUUCAGAGGACGGCAGAUCAAGGUUUCGGCUAAGCGGACAAAUCGACCCGGAAUUAGCUCAACCAACAGACCCCCAAGAGGGCGCUUUCGAGCCCGAGGAGCCAGAAGUUAUUACCAUGGUUACCAACCUCGCCCCAGAGGAAGGUUCAGGAGGCGAGCGGCUUGGUACUCCCCAUACUGAUACCAGCAUUCCAUACUUCUCACACUUUUUUUUGGUCUUUUCCCCAGCCCCAUGUUGUAGUUCUACAGCCAAGAAUUGCCUUUUAAGUUUUCAGUUAUAUCCCUGUUUAAAAGAAUUAGUUUUUCAGUCUAAAACAAAGGUGUGGCUGUUUACAUAUGCCAAGUUUUCAGCCUGUAUAUUAAAACAAA